AUGGCGAUGCAAAAUUUUGGUAAUCAAGGUACAGGACCUAAUCCUUAUGAAUUACCAGCUGGAAAAGAAUAUCACAUAUUUAUAGCAUGUUGUGGACUAGAUAGUAGGAAAGGAAAAUGGCUAAUGGAACAACUUGAAAGCCGAUACCCUUUUCGCUGUGUCUAUCACGAGCGAGAUUUCCGUCCUGGUGCAAUGAUUGUUGAUAAUAUGAGAGAAUAUAUGGACAAGAGUGUCAAAGUUUUGCUGUUACUGAGCAAAGGAUUUUUUCAAAGUUACUACUGCAAACUUGAGGAAACAUUUGCUAUAUCCUUAUCAGAUGAAGCAGGACAAAACUGUAUUAUUCCUGUUUUAUUAGAAGAGGUACCUUUGCCACCAGUAUUACGUCACAUGACAUAUAUUGAUGCCAGGCUACAAGGGGAUGUGGUGGCACAAAUUCGUGAAGCCUACUGUAGGACAGUUAUGACAUAUCUGAAAUGUCAAGGUCGAUCGUUGAGUACAUUUUAUACAAAAUAUGUUUUACGUGAUGAUAAUGGAAAACGCAUUGGUAUCGUAGAGGGCCACCAUAGUUCAUUAUGCGUUUGUGGUUGUCGUUGGAAAUUUGAAGACUUCAAUCUUAAUUAUGCUCACUUUGAUGAAGAUACUAAGCAACAUAUUGAAGAAAUGUGCUUCGAUGCCACUGAGACCCUAAAUUCUAAACCUGGUAUGAGAUUUUAUGGGUACUUUACACAGCGACGGGAGUUUAUAGGAGUUUUCCUUGCAUGUCUAAUAUACAGCGUUUUAGUUGUUGGGAUAUAUCUGACGUACAUACAAACUACUAACCGAUCUUUCGAUGGAACGGAUGUGUAUGUUCCUAUCGUUGUAGGAGUAUCAUUACUUCCGACUGUUUACUUCUUAGUUGCUGGCUAUAUAGGUUCAAAGUUGACAAGAAAAUAUAUUGAGACAACGUUGUGGAAAAUAGUCAAACAACACUACAAGAAAUCGAAAUGUUUGAUGUUUUACGAUAAUGUACCAGUUGGUGAUUCGCCGAUGUGUGGACGGAAAACCCUACCAAAUUUAGUUUUGAUUAACUACGAUACAAAGCCGUGUAAGGAAUACGUCCUGCUUUUUCUACGAAAUAAGUUUUCAGGGUUUGCAGAGAAUCACGAGGCAUUCGAGGAAUGGGCUGAUAAACUUAUUGAAUGUACUAUUGCAUACUACUCGCAUGACAUCAUCCAUUGGGAAGAUUUACCAAAAUCCUCUUACAACAGACACGACACCUGGAAACAACGGGAAUGUAUAUGUCAGCUUGUGGAACCACAUCUUAGCGAAUUGUCUUUAGGACGGUGUGUGUGGUUUAAAUAUCUUGGCAAGCGUGAACACAAAACAUUUUCAAACGGUACCGUAACGUAUGGAAGAACAAUCAUUUUGUAGAACAAGAGAGUGAAAAUAUG